AUGGAAUUGAAGAAGAGAACCCUCAGCAAAUCCCAGGUACCAGCAUACUUUCACAUACCAUACGUAGAGAUUGGAUAUCGAUACUGCCACCAGCCAUGGAAAUUCUAUUUAUACAGCAUCUUCUACAACAACACGGAGACUCUCAACGUCUGGACACAUGUUGUGGGCACGUUAGUGAUGACAUCGCGCAUUUACCAGAUAUCCGUCAUCUUUGACCUUUAUGACCCUUAUACUUGGCCACUGCUGACGGCCCUUCUGUCUUUCUUUGCAACGUUUUUGGCUAGCAGCAUGGCUCACAUGUUUUCACACAAAUCAAAAGAUGUAAAUUGCUGCAUGUUUAUGGUAGACUUUGCGUGUAUUGGUCUCUUUGGAUUUGGUGCCGUUUUGAAUCACCAUCACUACUCCGUACAUAAGAAUGCUGAUAACACAACUCCGUGGCGAGUACUACUCGUUGGUACAAUUCUAGCAGUCUUUUGCUGCACCUGUGGUGCCAUCUCUAAAGCUGUCAUAACUCACCCAAAACAUCGUACCAUUUUCCCUACUGCUGGAGUUGGCAUUUUAUAUCUUUUAUCCAUUACUCCAAUUGUGGACCGUAUUCUGAAUUUCGAGACAACUGGGGGAAUUUAUCACCAUGGCAUCCAAAUAUUCAACAUGGUCGCCACCGGGUUCUUUUACUCUGCGCGACUUCCAGAGCGUUUAUUUCCUGGAACAUUUGACUUCAUUGGAAACAGCCACCAAAUAUUUCACUUGCUUAUGAUCCAGGCAUCAGUAAGUCACGUGGAUGGUGUCAUCUGGGACAUGUUAUUCCAUAAACUUUUCGUCAGUCUCCCGCGGGUCACAGCCUCAUUUUGGAGUACAACUGGCCUCGUUUUCGUUAUAGUGGUAAUUGAUGCCUUUAUCAUACAGCGUUUUUAUUUUCAUUUCAAAAGAAAAAGUGUUUGUGAUAACUUUAGCUGUCUCUCUGAACACAACAACAAUUUGGAACAGAAGAACUAGCUUACAUACAUGUAUACCCUUUCUGUUGAUUUAUGUUUCGCUUGGUAAACAGAAAACUUAACAAAAAUGUCCAAGUAGAAUAAAAAAAUUUAUUGCAACAAAGAAAUUACAAGUACAAUUGAAUAAAUGGUCCCCGCACCCAAAAAUAAGCUGACAAGCCAAUAAAAUACCAUUUUACUCCUCAAUGAAA